UCGGACCUCUCGGCAGAUCUUAGUUUUUCCGUAGACGGCCGACACUCGCCAUGACGCACAGGACGGUGGUGAUGUACCUGGAGAUCGGCUCCUUCGUGUCGUGCCUGUGCGGCUGGAUCCUGGUGUGCUCCACGCUGCCGACGGAGUACUGGACCUUCUCCGAGGUGGGCAGCAUCGUGCUGACCACCUCCAACUACUACUCCAACCUGUGGAAGGACUGCAUCUCCGACACCACGGGGGUCUCAGACUGCAAGGACUACCCCUCCAUGCUGGGCCUGCCGGUGUACCUCCACGGCUGCAGGGCGCUGGCGGUCUGUGCCGUCGUCACCGGCUUCUUCGGAGGCGUCCUCAUCCUCGUCGGGAUGAAAUGCACGAAGAUCGGAGGCUCGGAGAUCGCCAACGCCAGAGUGACCUUCGCAGGAGGGGUCACGUACCUGGUGUCAGGGUGCUGUGGGAUGAUCACGUACUCGUGGUGGGCCAACAAGGUCAUCAGAGAGUACUUGGAUCCACACUUCAGAGCACAGAAGUUUGAAAUUGGAGCUGCGAUUUUCGUUGGCUGGGGAGGAUCCCUCCUCCUGCUGUCCGGAGGCACGGUGCUCAGUUACUUCUCUGGAAGAGAAGGUCUACCAUCAAG